GCGGUGCAGCUGUGAUCUGCUCCUGGUGACGCGGUGUGACUUCACACGGAGGCUGGAGGAGGACGCCGCCGCUCCGCGCAGCUCCCUGACCGUCUCCUCUCGUUCUCUCAGCGGGCGUCAGGCUGCACAAAGCCGGAGGGAUGGAUCCAGCGCGCCCGUACGGCGCCGGGAAAGCCGGGAGCGUCGCUUUCGAUCCGGUCGCCUUCUUCACGCAUCCCCGAACCAUCCUCAGACUGAUGUCGUGGGUUUUCUCCAUGGUGGUGUUCAGCUGCAUCGUGAACGAGGGCUACAUCAACAUCGGCAGCGAGCGUUUGCUCUGCGUCUUCAACAACAAUGCUGAUGCUUGUAACUAUGGUGUUACCGUGGGCGUGGCCUGUUUCCUUGGCAGCAUCUUUUUCCUGAUUCUGGACAUUUACUUCCCCUCCAUCAGCAGCGUCAAGGACAGAAGACGUGCUGUCCUGCUGGACCUCGUCUUCUCUGGUCUUGCUAGCUUCCUGUGGUUCGUUGGCUUCUGUUUUCUGGCCAAUCAGUGGCAGGAUACCUCUCCAGACGAGCUGCCAUUGGCCCAGGGCUCCGACGCCGCUAGAGCCACCAUCGCUUUCUGCUUCUUCUCCAUCCUGACCUGGGGUUAUCAGUGUCUGCAGGCAAUGAACAGAUUUAAGAGCAUUUCCUUCAUGGAGGACAAGCAGAGACUCCUGCCAAAGAGCCCUCCCACCCUCUCCCUAGUCUAACACACACACACACACACACACACGUUUAUCAGCCCUUCAUUUCACCACUCUCUUCAUACCUUCCCAUCAAGAUGCUCAAUGCAAUGAGCUGUGAUCCACUCUUAUGUAUGACUGUAAACAAAAGCUGCAAAAACUCAGUGUUAGUUUUGAAUUACAGACUUACAGAUUUUUUGAAAAAUGGAAGUGAUAAAAUCACGUCUCUGUCUGUCUACUAUAAUCACAUGUAUUCAUGGUCAUGAUUUUGUGGUGGCCUAAAGGUAAGAGUUUCCUGAGUUUGAGCCACUGACCAGCAGGAUAAAUGUAGGUGGGGAAAGUGAAAGACUUGCGCGUCAUUCAUUACAAGCAUUAAGGUGCCCUUGAGCAAGGCCCUUAACCCCUAACCGCUCCAGUUGAGCUGCUCAGUAGCCAAGAGGUCAGACGGUGGCAGUUUCCAGGUGUGAAAUGUGUGUAACUGUGGAGAUGUUUACAGAUUGUUCCUGAAAAAGAGCUGCUCUCAGCGAGACUUCCCUGGUUAAAAGUUUUUUAGAAAAAGAAUUGCAAUGCUAGAUAGCAUUGCUGUUCACACAGAGGCCGACAGAUUUAUUAUCCAUUGACAACUCAAUGGAGGCUGUUGAAACAAUUUUUACCAUCAAACCAAUAGCAGCCAUUUAUCUCACUGUCAGAGGAUGAGGAAAGGUUAAGCUGUAAUUGUGUCAAGGAUUUGCAGCAUGUUACAAAAGACUCUUCCAAGUCUGCCAAGUCAGUUUUUCUCCCUAUAGUUCUGUAAAUUGUUCUGCAAUAGAUUUAUAGUACGUGACAGAGAGCCAAAUCAAUGUUACUUUCACUUUGGCUCCUGACUCUCAGGGAAAGUCUCCUGAUUUUACACAGUAAAGUUGGUUUACUAAUCAUGAGGUGUUCAACUCAGCCCGUGAAAACAGUUGUAUAAUGUCAAGUCGAGUUUUAAAGACGAGGGGAUAUAGCAAGCAGGGAGGUUAUAAUGCUAUAAGAUGCUCUAAAGUUGCAUUAUUGGAAACGGAGGAUCCAGCAUUUUUGCAGUGUAACCCAUACUAAGAAAAGUCAGCAUAUCUUGGUCUCUUUAUUCAAGCCUCCUUUCAAUCCUCCUUUUUUUUUGAGUAUCAGCACUUCUAACCAAACUGUGCACGUUUCCAGGUUUACGUAACAGCUCUUUUCCACUGCAAGAACUUGCUGAAAUGUAAUGUAACAUGUAAACCUCGUCAUGGGUUUUGCUUUUGUUUUCAUGUUUCUGUUCACUUUGGGGAUGAGAACUCACUUUCGGCACUGCUCAGGAGAUUAUAAUAAAUUCCUUUCAUGAGUUGCCGUUAGCGCUGUUGUUUGUGAUCAAGCUAGCAGAUGUGUUCUUACAUCACAACAAGGACAACGAACACAACAAUAUUAACCCCCAUGUUACCGCUGAAUAUUGUAUUUAAUAGGAAAAUCAGUACUUUAACAAAGAACAACAAUGGAGAAUGGUUUUCAGAAAGAAAGAGCUGGAGUCAGAGAUUACCAAUGAAAAAAUGCACCAGAAGAUUUCUUCGAGUCUGGCAGAAAUGUGAAUGUGACACACAGCCAGACAGUGCAGAGAAAGAAAUUAAAGGGAUUAUACCAAGAGGAGUUAAGGAUCACAAUGGGUCUGGUAGAGAAAUAGCAAAAGUGUGAAGUGAUUUGACACACUGGAUUCCAUUUUGGGCUACUGACCAGCUUGUGUAUAUCCACACAUCCCCGUUUAUAAAUGCUGUAUAAAGUGGACACUGAAGAAACCCAGAACCAAGACCUCACAGGGUUCCUAAAAGUUUAGGUCAUGGCAAUCCCUAGAUUAGCCUACGGGUUGUUCAGGUUUUUAGGGGUCAUCUCUAGUUCCCAGGGUCCUCAUUGUAAGAGAUUGGUAAGAGCUGUCUUUGCAGUUAAAUUGCAAAAGAACGUAGGGAGAUAGACAUUAUAAAUGCAAUUUGAAUGGUACAAAUCAAUUUAGCCACUGUGGGGAUACCAAUGUCUGAAAUGGAAUUUCAGGGCGUAGAUUUCAAGGAAUAAAACAUCAGUAGGCUGACCCAUAACUGACCCAUUGCUGAGAAUAUAAACCCCUUUGAAAGGUCUCCUUAAUGUGUCAUAUUAAGAGGAUAUUUAACUGGGAAUCACAGGACCCAGCUGGGAACAUAGAUAUGUUCCUGAUUUCUAGGCACACAGAAGGAGGGACUGUAGUGAUGGCAGACUAAAAUAUCUCAACAACUAUUGGAUGGAUUUCCAUGACACUUUAUGCAGACAUUCAUGGUUUCAAGAUGAUGAAUCCUAAUGACUUUGGUGAUCCCCUGACUUUUCAUCUAAUGCCUUCACCAGAUGAAAUCAUUUUCAUUUGUCCAAUAUGUUUGGUCAUGCCCAAAUACUUGCAAAUGUUAGCAUGCCAACACACUAAACUACAAUUGUGAACCUGGUAAUCAUUAUAUAUCUGCUUAACAUCAGCAUGUUGUCAUUCUGAGCAUGUUAGCACACUGAUGUUAGCAUUUUGCACAGCUUCACAAGGUGCUAGCCUGGCUGUAGACUCUUAUUCUUGCUGUGAAAAGUGCUGUAAAAGCGUCUUUAAUGCAAAUCAAUUUGUAACUAACAUCCUCUGCUAAUGUGUGUGUGUGUGUGUGUGUGUGUGU